GUCAACUUGCAAUCGGUUUAAUCACGCACUGGUGUGUAUCAAAGAUUGUCUGUUCCGGUAUCUCUCAGACAAAUUACAUAAUGAGCAAAUAAAUGGAUAUAUUGCGAGUGAUAAUUAAAAAUUUACCUGAAACUCGGCAGGGAAAAGCCAUUCGGAACUUCUCGGAGAAAGAGUCUUGGUAAAGAAGAAUCAGUCGGGAUGGACAACUCUGAACAAGACUCGACAACAGUCCAAAACAAGAGUGCAGUCAACACAGAUUCGGAUCAUAAUGAGGAUUCUAUGGACUCGACACCAACGCGGAAAAACGCGGACCGAAAGAGUUUAGUGAUAACGACCAGGAAUGAUUCUACAAAGGGAUCUGAACAUCCCAGUGUCAAGUACAUUCGGCGCAGAGAAUCUGGUCAAAGUUCUGUCAUUCGAAGUAGAAAGAGUCUUAGAGACUCCAACCCUAACCAGAGUCCAGGAAGUGAAUCCAGGCAUCCAAGUUUUAGGCGCAUGCGCAGUUCCAGUCUUAGUUACCCUCAUCAUGAUUCUACAGUGUCCGCAUUUAUCGAAGAGCUUAAGUUACCCCCUACUCUUAAAGCAGAAGAAGUUCCAUGGUGGACAUCAUGGAGGGUACGCUUCUCUGGUCUCUGCUUUAUAGGGUUCUUUUUCCUUUACGCCCAAAGAGUCAACCUCAGCAUUGCUAUUGUCUGUAUGGUUAGGGCAGAACUUGCAGCAGCUAACACGAUAUAUCAAUCAAACAUUACAAACAUUUCAAUUUACGAUAUACUCACUGAAAACGUCACCAAGAGCAGUUUGAUAGAAGGUCCACCCAGUGUGGCCAGAAAAUGUCCAGUACCGCCUGCUUCUAAGACAGAGGAAGGUGAGUUUACUUGGGACAAAGCUCUUCAAGGUGGAAUUCUAGGAGCCUUCUUUUGGGGAUACACAGUGAUGCAGAUUCCGUCAGGAGUUCUUUCGGAACGCUUUGGGUCUCGCCGUAUUAUUUUUGCAGGAAUGACUUUGGUUUCUGUGUUGACUCUUCUGACCCCUGUCCUUGCUCGAGGAAGUCCUUACUUACUUAUUAUAACACGUGCCCUUAUUGGAAUAGGCGAAGCUACAAUGUAUCCAGGCGCACAAGUGUUUUGGGCAAAAUGGUCGCCCCCACAUGAACGAAGCAGGCUUGUAGCAUUUGCAUUCGGAGGGACCCAGCUUGGAAACGCUUUGGCAUUUCCAAUAUCAAGUCUUCUUUGUGAAUAUGGUGGCUGGCCAUCUAUUUUCUAUUUUCUAGGAUCCUGUUCGUUAGUUUGGUCGUUCUUGUGGGGAUUCCUUGCCAGGGACAGCCCAGGGGAGAUGCCAAAUAUAACAGACGUCGAGAAAAAAUAUAUCGAACACUCGCUUGGAAAUGACCACAAUUCACAGCAUGCUGGUUUAAGAAAAAAGGGUAAGCCCUGGAAAUCCAUUCUGACGUCACUUCCUGUUUGGGCUAUUCUUGUGACCAAUGCAGCAGGAAACUAUGGUGCUUAUAUGCUUUUAACUCAGAUGCCUACGUACCUGAAAGAAGUUCUUAAAUUCGAUAUCAAAUCUAAUGGCAUUUAUUCUAUGAUACCGUACUUGGCAUUCUGGGUGACGAUCAUUGUGGCCGGAAUAUUUGCAGACACACUUAUUUCAAAGGAUAUUCUUAGCAUUAAAUGGACAAGAAAGCUUUUUUGUGCUAUAGGACAGUUCGUCCCAGCAGCCUUUCUGAUUGGUUUAGGUUAUAUGACGUGUUUCCAACAAGAGUCUGCUAUUGCCCUCCUAACGUUGUCUCUGGCAUUUUGUGGAUUCCAAUUUCCGUCCGUUUUUGUCAACCAUGGCGACAUCGCCCCUAAUUAUGCGGGUACUAUAUUUGGGAUCACCAACACUGGAGCUAGUAUCCCGGGAAUAAUCGCACCAUACGUGGUAGCAUCUAUAACUGUCAAUAAAACACAAAAAGAGUGGCUUGUAGCUUUUUACAUUGCUGCUGUUAUCUACUGUUUGGGAGCCAUUUUCUUUCUGAUUUUCUCUGACGGAGAAAUUCAAAACUGGGCCAAAGAUGAGGAUGAAAUAGAGAUGAUUGAAGAAAAAGUGGAGGAACCACUACAAGACUUGGAGGAAGUUCCGGAGGAUGACGACGUCUUUCAGAAUGCCAAUAAAUAACAUCUUAACACGUCUCUCUCGCCCUAUAUUGAUGCAAAAUUGCAUGAAAUCAGAGUACAAAAUAUUUACUGCUUUGCUUGAUCGAGGAAAUCAUUAUUAGUUAGAUACCUGAUAAUGAUUCAUAUAUUACUAAAAGGAAGAGUGCUGACAACUGAAAUACUGGUUGAGAUAAUCAUUCCAUUUCUCUCAAGUUGUAGAACUUAAGGAUAGAAUUGCUUGGAGACUCUUAUGAGACACCUCGAAUAAAUAUCGAGGUUCUCACGUUGAACCUCUUUGUUACUAUAUGGUAGUUUCUGCUUCGAUGCAGAGUUACUGUAACACUAGUGAAUAAUUCUCAAAGCAAAGAAGGAAACAGUAAGGAAGAAGUGUCCUCGACGUCACAAUCAUAAAUGUUAUAUUCAUAGAGAGAGUUUGAAGUACGUAUUCGAAACAAUCGAUUCAAAGUCUGUCGUGAAUAUUUUGCUUUCAUGUACUAAAUCCGUUGUAAGGAUUUUAUCCAUGUUAUUAUCUUUAAAUAGUGGCAAGCCGCCUUUUGGCACAAUAGGAAAAAAAUGUAUUUCUUAGACAUCACAUGUUAUAUACCGGUAAAAAUAAUGUCAUUUGUAAACAAAUGAUCUUUCAAUCAGACUGCUUGGUCUACACCUCCCCUUUUUAGUGAAAUUAGGCAUAUUUCAAAGGAUAGCAUAUCUUUUGGAUGAAUUUUUAUGAGACUCGCAUGAAUACGUCUUUGUAAAGACAUCUAUACUCUUUUCUCAGUAAAAUAUCUAUGUUCAUAGUACAAUUUAUAUCCUCUAAUUCAACUAACACCAAUAAAUAUACUUUCAAUGAAACAUUUGUCAACGGGUGAAAAAUUCGGUCUACCACUUCGGAAAAGUAUUAAGGGAAGAAAACAUGAUUAAAUGAUAAUGAAUGUUUUCGUUUUCGAUCUCAAAUUUUCCUCAUGCGCUAAAAUUUUAAUCUCGCAAAAAUAAUGAUAUCGUUAUCGCAUAACUUUGUUAAGUUUUAGCGAAGAGCAAUCAAACAUGUGUGGGUGCUUUAGUUAAUAUUUAAUGUUGAAUGUUGUCUGCUUUUGUCAUCAAUCAAUUUUUGUGCCGAAAGUUAUCCUUUAAAGUAAAAUUUUAUUUGUUUA